AUGUUUAUUUUUGGUAUGAAGAAGAAAAAAGAUUCAUCCAUCAGCAAAUAUUCGUAUACAAAACAAGCAAUCGUCCAAAAUAAUUUUGACCUUCAAGAAGCUAUCCUACAAAUUAAAAAUGGAUUUUAUUCUAAUAAUUGUACAGAUUUAUGUGAAUAUUUACAUGAUGAUAAUGACAAGUAUAUGAUAUUAGCUGAUUAUGAAAGUUAUAUUCAAACUCAAGAAAAAGUUUCACAACUAUUUAAAAAUCCGCUAGAAUGGACUAAGAAAGUCAUAAGAAACAUUACAACUUCUACAAAGUUUUCAAGUGAUUCUAUUGUAUUCCGUCAGGCUAACGAGUUAUACAAUUUAUAG